AUGGAGAACAAAACAAUUCUAGAAGAACUUCUUUUAAAGAAGUCACAACAGAAGAAAAAAAUGUCACCAAUUAAUUACAAGAAAAGGCUGUUUGUUCUGACGAAAGCAAACCUUUCUUAUUAUGAGUAUGACAAAGGGAAAAAAGGAAGCAAAAGAGGGUCAAUUGAGAUUGAGAAAAUCCAAUGUGUUGAGACAGUAAAUCCUGAGGAAUCAACACCUCCUGAGAGACAAUAUCCUUUUCAGAUUGUGUACAAGGGUGGCCUUCUCUAUGUCUAUGCCACUAAUGAAGAGAGCCGGGAGCAGUGGCUUGCAGCUUUGCAUAAAGAAAUUAAAGACAAUUCUGAUUUACUAAACAAGUACCAUAAAGGAUUCUUCAUCAAUGGGAAGUUUCUCUGUUGCAACCAGACCUGUAAAACAGCCCCUGGAUGUACAAUUUGGGAGAAACAUGUGACUCUGUGUUGCACAACUGGGUCUGUGAAACCGCUGCCUCCAGUCCCUCAAACGCUGUGGAAACGUAAAAGCCUGCUUCAGGUGCUAUCCCCAGACAAGUCAGUCCUGAAAAUGGCUGUGGCCCAAUGCAACUAUGAACCCGAAGAAAAUUCAGCAAUCCGGCUUGUCAGAAGCAACAAAUAUUAUGUAUUGCAAGAGGAAGAUUCUGACUGGUGGAAAGUAAGGGAUUUGGAAGGGAAUGAAGGUUUCGUACCGAGCACUUACUUGAGAAAGUUAUCUCUGAAUGAUGAUGAAUCCAGGGAAAAUUCCAGUGUCAGUGAACAGACAUUGGCAGAAGAGCAGAGUAUUGCUAAGCAUGAUUGGUAUGCUGGUAAUAUCUCCCGUGCCCAGUCUGAGCAGCUGCUCCAUCAGAAGGGGAAAAAAGGUGCUUUUAUGGUUCGGAAAUCUAGCCAACACUUUGCAAGGCUUUGACAUGUACUGCACUUUGUGAUGUUUUUCAGAAAUAAAAAAGGAACAGUCAAACAUUACCAUGUGCACAAAACCCCUGAGAACAAGUAUUACCUCGCUGAGAAUUACUGUUUUGAAUCAAUUCCCAAGCUUAUACACUACCAUCAGCACAACUCAGCUGGUAUGGUGACAAGGCUCCGGCAUGCAGUGUCUACGCAAGUAAAUAAAGUCCCAUCCACAGCUUCAUUAGGAAAUGGAAUCUGGGAGCUGAAACGAGAAGAAAUUGUCUUGUUGAGAGAGCUAGGGAGUGGUCAGUUUGGAGUUGUGCAUCUGGGAAGGUGGAAGGGACAAUAUGAUGUGGCCAUAAAGACGAUUAAAGAGGGAGCAAUGUCAGAAGAUGAAUUUAUAGAAGAGGCUCAGACCAUGAUGAAACUUAAUCAUCCCAAACUUGUUAGACUGUAUGGUGUAUGCUCAAAAUCAUAUCCCAUCUAUUUAGUGACGGAAUACAUGCCUAAUGGCUGUUUGCUUAGCUACUUAAGGAGUCAUGGGAAGGAACUACAACCCCUUCAGCUUCUGGAAAUAUGUUAUGAUGUUUGUGAUGCUAUGGCAUUACUGGAGAGCGGUCAGUUCAUACACAGAGAUUUGGCUGCUAGGAACUGUUUGGUUGACAGCAAUCUUACUGUGAAAGUAUCUGACUUCGGGAUGACUAGGUAUGUUCUGGAUGACCUGUAUACAAGUUCACCAGGAACCAAGUUUCCAGUGAAGUGGUCAGCACCAGAAGUUCUUCAUUACACCAAAUUUAGCAGCAAGUCAGAUGUAUGGGCCUUUGGUAUCUUAAUGUGGGAAGUGUUCACUUUGGGAAAGCAGCCCUAUGAGCUUUAUGAUAACAUGCAGGUGAUUGAGAAAGUUUCUCAAGGAUACAGACUUUAUAGACCACAACUGGUUUCAGACAUCAUCUACCAGAUAAUGUACAACUGCUGGCAUGAGCUACCAGAAAAGCGGCCUGCCUUUUUUCAGCUCUUAUCAUUUUUUGAGGCACUGAGAGAAGACAACAGAGCUUGA